AUCAAUCAACACGUAUCAUGAACACCACCACCUCGAUCAAUCAUUCACCCUCUUUAUUAUCACUCACUCGAGAAUUGAUCGCGUGAAUAUUGCCUGCCACUGAACGCAUUGGCAACAAUCAUGCAAACUACUCCGAGCGAUCAAUCACUAACUACGCCAACUUCCCUUUCACCCGUUUUACAAGUCAAACAAGAAGGUGUCGAAGCAAGAGUAGACAACUUGGAUAGAAUCGCACAGGAGACCAGCUUCUCAUUGUUGGGUUCAGAACAAAACACAAACACAUCCCCUUCUACGGAAGAAAAGAAGAUGAUCGCAGUAGCAAAUCACAUUCCAGACAUUCCAUCCGGAUCGGCAAUCGCACGUCCGCCUGCACGCACACGUUCGCCUUCUGGGACUUUGUUCACGAGGAGAAGACCUGAAUUACGUCUGACUCUCUCAUCUGAAGAAAAGGCAGACUUUAGUGCAGCAAUUCAAAGGGCAAGAGGCAAUUUGGUUUCAGACGCUACAAAGUUACCGAAGUCUACCAAUAUGGGCCUUGGAAAUGACGCACAACCCGGUGCUACUGCAAAAGGCAACACUGCAAGAGUAGAUACCCAGGAAUCGGAGACGUUCGAUCGACCACAGGUAAAGGUGAAGAAGUCACCCGAAGUCCAACCGUCAAGGGCGGUAUACUUACGUGCCAUCCCGUGCAUGUAUGUUGCUGAUGUCAAAAAUGCAACUUCUUUCUACAAAGACAUUCUUGGUUUUUCAGUUCUAGGAAGACCGGAUUCUUCACAUGCAUCGUUGGUACGAAGCCCAUCGCACAUGGCAAAUAGUACCACUUUGGGCAGAUCUCGCGGUACACUGAAAAAAGCACCAGCCGAUUCUGUUCAAGUGUAUUUACGUAUCGUUCCCAUGGGCGAAAAUGGUGAAAGAAUCAAGCCGCCUCCAACAACAUUGUGGAUCAUGGUGAAUGAUGUGGAUGCAGUGUUUACUGAAUUGCAAGAUCAAUGGGCAAAGUUCGCCCCAAGAACUGAUGAAUAUUUCCCAAUGCAUUCGUUUGGCGAUGCAAAAAUUUUAUCUAAACCUCAAAAUAAAGCUUGGGGCAAUAGAGAAUUACACGUCGUUGAUGGUGAUCAGAACAAGAUCAUCUUCUUCCGUGAAAUG